ACCUCCUCAAACCCUCCAGGCCCCUUCCAUUGUAUCACUCAAGGUGGCUGUUUCUGACUUCUCCCCUCCGAUGGAUUCCAGCACUCACAGUCAUGGCAAUGAUGAGACUGGAUUCAUUGGAAGCAGCAGAAGGGAUGAGGAGAAUGGAGACAUUCUUCUUCAAGAAGGUAAGGUCAUGAUGGUUAAGUACUAGCUAGUACACCCUCAGGGCAACUUUGAACCUUUGGCAACUUUAAACCUUUGGCAAUGUAUUUUACAUUUAUACUCAGGUAUGGCUUUAAACUUAUGUAAGACAAGCCAUAAUAAACAGCAACGUAUCGA